UGUUCGUGCCUUGCCUACAUGUGUCCGCAAUGCCCUCAGCAGGACCCGCAUCUCAGCGUAUGCAUAUGGCUAGUGUACAGGGACUUGCCACGAGCGGCGGUGGUCGUUCGCAUACGUACGCGUCACUCGAGUCUCGCAACUGUCAGUCACUACCGCGCGCGAGAAUGCAGCCGCGCUCCGUCCAAGCUCCGUCGGACUCUCCGUGCGUGCAUCGUUCCCGCACACAAUCUUUGUACAAGGCGACCGUUAUCACCGGACCCGAUUAUGUAGGAACAUCUCACGGACGUUCCUUCCAUCGGUUCUUUUUAAAGGACUACUGACAGUAAGUAGCGACGGGGCUCGUUACUAGCAGUCGGUGUCCUUCCACGACCUACUAUCACGAUGUCCAAUCCUCUGCUACUCGAGAACAUGUUCCGCCUCAACGGCCGGAUAGCCCUCGUCACGGGCGGUGGUACAGGCAUUGGCUGGAUGAUUGCGGAAGGUCUCGCGGUGAAUGGCGCUAAGGUAUAUAUCACUGGACGUCGCAAGGUCGUGCUGGAGAAUGCAGCCAAGAAGUUCGCGGAACAGAACAAGGGCAAAGGAUCAGUUGUACCUCUGGUGAUGGAUGUGACAGAUAAAGAGAGCAUACUUGCUGGUCAGAAAGUUGUCCAAGCGAAUGAAGGAGCGCUCCAUAUUCUCGUAAACAAUGCAGGCAUCAGCGGACCUCUCACACCCUGGUUCAACGACACCUCCGCCCCACAGCACAAAGAUGCAGACACUUUGGGACAAGCACUUUUUGACAGCGCGUCUUACAGCGACUGGUCGUACGUCUUCGGAGUGAACACGUUCUCCGUGCACUUCAUGACGACGGCGUUCCUCGGAUUGUUGGCCAAAGGGAGUGACGAUGAGAAGCUGUACACAUCCUGCAUCAUCAACCUCACUAGCCUAAGCGGGAACAUCAAACUCGCGCAGAACCAGUUCGCGUACAACGCAACCAAAGCAGCCGCCACACACCUCACCAAGAUGUUCGCGACUGAGCUCGCACUAAAGAAGAUACCUGUGCGCGUGAAUAGCGUCGCACCCGGUGUGUAUGAAAGCGAAAUGACCUACCCGCACAUUCCUCCCGAAGAGGUGGACAAGAUCGGGAAGCCCGUAGUACCCAUCCCUGCGCAUAGAGCCGGAAGGCCAGAGGAGUUAGCCGGGACGGUCAUCUACCUCGUCUCCCCGGCAGGAUGCUACACAAACGGACAGGAGAUCAUCGUCGAUGGAGGAUACACCGCCGUGAAUCCAGCAGUGCGGUGAUAUCUGUCAUUUACAAGGCGUCCCAUUGUAUGAACGAAAUGGUGGAACGGACACACACAUAGCAUCGUUUGAAGUUUUGGGCUCUAGCCCAAUGUAGCCCACUGUAACGGAUUGGUAAGUAUGAAGGCCUGAGCAUUCAGGUACAGGUCAAAAGACAA